ACUGGUCGCUGACCUAGAUUCAGUGAAAUUUCUCCAUGUUGGUGACCUAUAUUCCUAUACUACACUAAGCUAGUACAUUGUUGUACAUUUUGCAUUGCUAAGAACUACAAUCCAGUUGUCAACGAAAUAAAAUGUGUAUUUUAUGAUAUCUAGGCGUUAAUUCCCACUAGCUUUGUUUCCUUGGUGUAUUUAAGCAACUUGAAAUCAUAAAACUUCUUUCUCUUGACAAUAAAUCAAAGAUUAAAAGAUGUCCAGACGAAACUCUGGUCGACAGUCCCUACUUGGGAUAGGAAAGGAUGAGGACAUGUAUCUGGAUUGCAAGGCAGUGUAUCUGAGUGUCUAUGAUGACAUGCAUGACAAAAUCAAAUCCAAGAGUCAAUUAAAUACUUUACUCCAGCAGGCUGGAAGAAACCCAUCUCAGAAGUCACUUGCAAAGCAUUGGCCUAAUGGUACCAGUACCAUGACGUUUGAUGACUUUGUAGAAUGCUGUAAGAAGGAACCUGUCACAUCUGAGGAUGACCUACUCAAAGCGUUCAGACAGAUAGAUACAAAUGGAGAUGGCUACCUUUCGCAUAGUGAACUCUAUAAAGUCAUGACAUCAAAAGGAGAAAAAAUGACAAGGGAAGAAGUAAGCGAUAUGAUUGAUGAAGUUGAUGAAAACAAAGAUGGGAAAUUAGAUUAUAAGGAGUUUUGCCAGUUGGUGCUGUCCACAUCAAGUGAGGUGAAAAAAGUUGCCAGACAACGGUUAGAGAAGAAAGAAAAAUCAUCGAAGAAGUCAUCGAGUGUAGAUUCGCCCCGGUCAUCCUCGUCGCGAUCACCAAGAGUGGAGGAACCAUCACCCAGAUCAAGAAGGUUGUCGAAACCCAUUAAGGUCCCAACAGGUGGCAGCACCCAUGUUAUGAACGGGUAUAAACUGGACGAUCACAAUGACGAUGAUGAUAUCAUCAUGGGGAAAGACCCCAGACGUAUUAUCAUGAGUAAUGUAGAAAAUGGCUUGGACCGUGCUAGUGACUCUCCUACCCCUAAGCCUAGAGGUCAACUUACUAAAACAGGCACCACAGAUAAAGAUAAGGGAGCAGAAGGCACAGCAGUCCCCAGGCCUCGGCCGCGAUCAGCUAAGGGCACUGACCGCACACCAGCUGAACACCCAAAACCGCAGCCUCGGUCCAGAUCGAAGGCCGAUGACAGACCAAAGUCUCCUGUCGCGAGUAAAAAAGUAAAACUUCCAGAGCCCAAGACACUCAAGCAAUGGAAGCACUUGCGGUCCCAAGGUUGUCUCCAUCUAGAUGAAGAUGGUAAAGUGAUCAGCCAUAAGUUCGACCUGAUUCUGAAAGAGGAUACAAACAUUUGGAUGAUUGUCAAACCGACGCCUAUCAAAACGACAUCAGAAAUGAGCAAGGCUCCGAUUGAUGUUGGCCUAAUGCUCAUUGACAGCCAUGGGAAGUUAGUCAGCUUAACGGAGCAGAGGGAUAGCAAGGGGGUUUACUGUUUGAGGGGCGACAUCGGCAAAGGUGUCUACACUCUCUUGCCGUUCUCCACCGGCUGUCGGCUGAAGAAGAGAACGACAAACCCGAAAGUUGAGAGCAAGCUGAUCAAGAAAGAAGGAGAGAAAUAUGUGCUGACAAAAGGUUUCAAGGAAGCAUUGAAUGAGGUCUUUGACCAGUGCGACUUGGAUCGAAAUGGAACUCUGAGCAGAGAGGAGUUCAACUUGUACAACCUGAGGACGAGUGGGGAGGAGGUGGCCGAUGAAGAAUGGGAAGUGGCUGAAGAGAAUAUUGAUCUUAUAAAAGGUGAAAUCACGAAGAAGGGCUUCAUUCAGUUAAAUCAGAUGGAGGCAGACGACAAUGAAGGUGACACUGAUGACCUCUGGGUGACCUUGAGUAGUAUGGGAUACAACAAGGGUCUAGUUCAGGACGAGGCAUGUUCCUUCAUGAUGGAUCUCUACCUAGAAGAUGCAGAGUCUGCCAGGCUAAAUAUAAUGGGUUACUCCUCUGCAAGUGAAGUUGAGCAAGCUUUUACUGAAGCCGCUAUAAGUAAGGGUGAAAGCAACAGAGUAUGCAAAGACAUUGACUUCUACACCUAUGUCACUGACUUCAGAGCUACAUACGUCCUUCAAAACAAAUCAAAUUUGAAGAAUUCAGUAAAGAUCGACUCCAGCAAGAGCAGAAACGUAAAUAGUAACUUGAAGGACAACGAGCUAGUAGCUACAGUUGAUAUACCUACCAGGUCUUCUGUGGUGGCUCUCCAUCUACUCCCAACCAAUGAGAGACAAGAUUGGACAAUCAGAUGUGAACCGUCACUCUGAUUUCACCAGAAUAAGACGUUAUCAGUAAGAUAACUGGCAAGAGUUUAUUAUUGUCAUUAGAAGUUUAUUCAUUGACAGCUCAACAUGUUGUUAGCUAUUGCGGAUAGGAUUCGUAACGUUUAGGCUAAACAGCAGCAGAAUAGGUAUAUUAGCGCUUCUGCUGGCUUUGGUACACAGUACCAAAUGAGAUGAAAUUGUGAAAUUGACAACAAAGUUGACCGUAGGUUACUUCUGUGGCUAACAUGGAUAUCAGUUACAUAGUUCUUGGAGUGCUGGUCUCAUGAUGAUAAUAAUGACCCUACUUGAGCAAGGCACUUAACCGUCCUUUAUUUCUCCACGCAGGAGUUCUGUAUUGCCGCAGCUUGGACCUGCAAUACUCUCAGUUUGAAUCAUGAAUGUACAUGCCAUUAGCCGGGUAACGAUAAUGUGAAAUGCUUUGAGCAGCUGAAACCAUUUAGAUAUACAUGUAUCUCUGUUUAGGUCUCACAUUUAUCAAUAUCAUUAUCAUAUUCAGGAUAGCAGAGGCCAUGAUUUAUUGACAGUUGAACAAAGAUUUCAACUUCAGGGACACAUGUGUCAGUAUCACUGCCCCUGUCGAGUGUCAAAUAAAUUGUCACCCUCAGUUUUUUGUGACACCUGGAAGUAUUAGUAUUAGAUACCGUCCUAAUCUGAGCAUAAACAAUGCGUACCAGCUCACCACCUGAGAUCCUUCAAAUGACUUGUUAGACAACAUCUAGAAAACCUAAGUCUUUGGGUUCCAGAAAUGUAUAAUUUCAUUGGGAAUAGGUCAAGAUGAUUAUGUGAGCUAUUCAAUGGGAGAUUUUGCUCUGAAUUAUUGUCUUUGGUAUUUUAUACUGAUGUUUCAUUGUGAAGGCACUUUAACCUCUUAUGUUUCUUGACAUUGUUGAAUGGUGCUGCAUGUUCUUGGUUGUUAUGUUAAAUAAUGCAAACCAGUAAUGAAUAUCAAAGUAUUGAAUGACUAGCAGCACAGAUUUUGUUGUCACGAAGUAAUUGAAUAGUGGUUAUGCAACGGCGAUAUUCAAAACGUCCUUGGGUGUGAUUAGUGUUCUUACAGUGCAUUCAGCUGUUUUAUUUUAGACAUAUCAGUCCCCUAAAGGAUGUAGAAUGGUUAAAAUUAGUUAUGUUCAUGUAAUGAGAUUAUACAGUGUUGAGUGUUAAGAAAAUGUUGGAAAGGAAAGAAAAA